CCGAAAUAUAGCAUCCUUGUUGACAAAUAUGUACAGUUAAAUGUAUUGUCUGGUUGGUUAAAUGUAGAUGACAGCCUUCAUGAAUUUCAGAUUGCUGUAAGUGGCCAUGCCUCCUGUGAUAGUGUCCCCAGAUCUGGAUGUCACAUCCUUCCAGAAUGAUCUUGGACAGCUGGAUAUUGACUUCCUCUUACCUAAUGGUAUAUGUGUACCAUUACAGGUAGACAUAGAUAGACCACUUGAUCAAAUAAAACAGGAACUAUGGAAACAAGCUGCAAAUUACCCACUGUUCCAGCAGCUGGCAACAUUUGACAAAUAUGGCUUUCUUUACAUUAGCAGUGAAGGACUAAAGGAGGAUGUUAUGGAUGAAAGUGUUGGGAUAGUGGAGUUACGCUUGGCUGCAUCUUUCCUUAAAGUAGUGGAGAAACCUGCUGACGACAAACGUAAAACAAUUGACAGACAGAUUAACAGUUUGAUUGGCAUGAAAGGUUCUAACUACAUUCAAGCUCAGCAUUCAGUGAGUAAGGCAGAAAUAUCUGAGUUUAGACAGAAAAUGACCACUUAUUGUAACAACGAUAUACUGAAGCAAGCCAAUCAGGAUCCAACUGGGUUGGUUUAUUUUGAAUACAAGCAUCCAUGUCGACUAAGAAGUACCCGAGACCUGCCACCAGAUGUAGAGAACAUUGUUAUCAAUCAUAUUGUAUUGACUGUGAUUGUAGAGGAAACUGGGACUUCAUACAAAUUGAGAGUCAAUAAAUUGUCCACACCAGAUGAGUUAGUGAAAAUGACAGUAGAUAAAUGGUCAAGCAAAUCAGGACUGAAAACUAAAGACUGCAAUAAUUAUAUUCUUCAAGUUCUCGGAAUGAAUGAUUUUCUUUAUGGUGAUAAUCCACUGGUAAUGUUUAAGUAUGUUUAUUCCUGUAUUGUGAAAAACACAGCACCAGAAUUUUGGCUGAAGACUAAAUCAUCUGUCUUAGAAAAACAAGAGGUGUCACAACCACACAAAUCUUCCAGAACCUCUUUCCAGGAAGAAAGAAGAAAUACUGUGCGAUCAGAGAAGAGAAGUGGACAUUGUGUGUGGGACAUACACAAUAACUUUUAUAUAACCUUACACACAGCAUGCAAUGUUCAAGUUCCUGAAAACUGCAGAAAUUUAGUACGUCUGUGUGUAGGAGUGUUCCAUGGACCUGAUCCUUUGUGUAGUAUACAAGAAACCAAAGAAGUCUCAGUUUCACAAGAUGGAUUGUGUAGCUUUAAUGACUGUAUAAACUUUGACAUUAAAGUACAGGAUCUUCCUCAAAUGAGCCGAUUAUGUUUUGGACUCCAUUCCAAGAAAGGAAAGGAACCAUUAUUAUUAGCUUGGGCUAAUAUUCCAAUUUUUGACUACAAAUCAAAUCUACAAAAAGGGAAACUGAAGUUACCAUUGUGGCCAAGAUCAGAACUUAUACAACAGGAAGAGUCAAACUGUUACCCUAUUGGAACAGUAGCCACAAAUCCUCAGGGAGAUUGUUCUAUGAUAGAAUUUAGUGUUCCAGAUUUUAAUAAGAAGGGAUCUAUAUAUUACCCUCCUAUUGAAAAGGUUUUACAAUGUGCCAGUGACCAUAUGGAGGAGCCAGGGAAAUGUGGGUCACCAGUGUUAGAACUGGCCAGUACUCAUAUAGAAGUUCCAGGAAUGCCAGGCUCUACUACAUGGAGACCAAAUAAGAAUAUUGUUCAGCAGUUGGACAGCAUUUUGAAAGCUAACCAGUACAUAGUAAUUCAGACGUUGGACGAACAGCAGAAACAACUUAUUUGGUGGAUGCGUUAUGACAUACGCGACAAAUUCCAUGAGUUCCCACACGCUCUGUUGUAUGUGUUAUAUUCAGUCAGCUGGGACAACCAUAUUGAAGUUUCCAAGAUGCAGGCUCUAUUACAGACAUGGCCUACACUAGAGGCAGAUCAAGCAUUAACAUUGCUAGAUUUUACAUUCCCAGAUAAAUAUGUAAGAAAGAAAGCUACUGAAUGGUUAGAUGAACUGACUGACGAAGAAUUGGCUCAGUAUUUGCUUCAGUUGGUACAGGCUUUGAAGUAUGAGAACUAUUUAAAUUGUGAUCUAGUCAAAUUCCUGUUACGGAGAGCACUUCAGAAUCGUAAUAUAGGACAUAAAUUAUUUUGGUUGCUCAAGUCAGACAUGCAUGACCCAUCUGUUACCGUCCAGUAUGGUUUAAUCAUUGAAAUAUAUCUCAAGGCAAACCCCAGUCAUAUGUCCAUCUUAGAUAGGCAGCAGAUCAUCUUACAAAAACUCAAAUCUAUCACAGAUAUACAUACUAAAGCAGCAACAUUUGCUAAGAAGCAGAAAUUACAACAGAGUACAUGGCUUAAUUUGAAGAAAAAGGGUAAAGAAAAAGAUGACUCUCCAUUACAGAAAGUUAUGCAGAUGGGAGCAUACAAAGAGGCGUUCUGUAAUAUAUAUAGUCCUAUCACCUUAAUGUAUAAAUUAGACAAAAUUGUCGAGAAAUCCUGUAAAGUAAUGGACUCUAAAAAGAAGCCAUUUUGGCUGGAAUGGACAAAUGCUGAUGAAAAAGGACAAAACAUACAGUUGAUUUAUAAAUGUGGAGAUGAUUUACGGCAAGAUAUGCUGACAUUACAGAUUUUAGAAGUCAUGGAUACUAUAUGGCAAUCAGAAGGCUAUGAUCUCAGAUUAAACCCAUAUGGAUGUGUUGCCACUGGAUGUGAAGAGGGUAUGAUUGAAGUUGUACAGAAAUCUUUAACACUUGCCGGAAUACAAAAAUGGAGAAAACAAGGACUGGAUAAGAAUUCACUUUAUGAUUGGUUAAAACAUAAAAAUCCAAGUGAACACAGUUUACAAAGAGCAGUUGAAGAAUUUAAGCUGUCCUGUGCUGGAUAUGCUGUGGCUACCUACAUCUUAGGAGUAGGUGACAGACAUAAUGACAACAUAAUGAUGAAAGAGACUGGACAGUUGUUCCAUAUAGACUUUGGACAUUUUCUUGGAAAUAAGAAAACAAAGUUUAACAUUCGCAGAGAACGAGUACCAUUUAUUCUAACUAGCCAUUUUGAAUAUGUCAUAAAGGAUGGUGAAAAAAAGCCACAAAAUUUCCAUGAUUUUAAAGAAAUUUGUGAGAGGGCUUACUUAAUCAUUCGUAGCAGAGCACCACUACUGAUUCAGUUGUUUAUGAUGAUGCUUUCCUCAGGAAUACCUCAGCUAAAUAAUGUCUCAGAUAUUGAUUACAUUAAAGAAGUUCUUGCUUUGAACUCUACACAGGAUGAGGCUUUAGAGAAGUUCAGGAAAAAAUUCAAAGAAGCUCAAGAUAACAGUUGGUCAACUACAGUAAAUUGGUGGUUCCACAUGAGAGCCCACUGAAAACAAGUGCCACACAAAUCAUGUGAUUGAAUUGCAAUUUUAUAUUCCAGCCUCAGUUUGAAGUUUAUUGUUGAUUUGCAAACCAAAUAUGUGUUCACGCAAAAUCUGGUGAUUAUUUAUAUGAAGACAUUCCAUUGUUAUUGUUUUAUUACAAAAAUAAUUUUAUUAUUGUUAUUUAUGAUGAAAAUGUAAUUUUUUCUGUUGAUCUUGUGACAUAGUUUUAUAGAAUAUGGUAUAUUUCUUCUACAGCAUACAUGUAUAUUUACAUAGUGCAAGAAAUCUAGGUUUAUGAUAGGGGGAUAAUGCAGCCUCCUAUUUUGCUUGAAGUCAAAUCUGUAGACCUGUUUAUGAAAAAUCACAUGUAAGGGCUAUUCUAUUCAAAUGUUAUUUGAGGAUAGGGGAGCACCUGUUUUUUUAAGACUCUCAAAUAGAAUAAAAUACAAAAUGUCUAAUGUAGAAAAUGGUGUGUACUACUACUAAAAAAUGAACGUGUAAAGAAGUAUUUAAAUUUAUUGGGUGGUUGUGUUUUUUGACAACUGUUUUAUGAAUCAUAAUUUUAGAUAAAAAAUUAUUUUAUGGGAGACUGGGGUUUUAAAAAAAAAGUACCUCAUGACCCCUUCCCCUCACACAUUGGAUUCCAGAUCAGGCCUAAGUAAAAUAGCCCCAAUGCCAUACCAUUCCGGAUUUUUUUUUUUUUUUUAUUAUUUCCACUUUAUAUAUUGUGUUGCUAUAUUUUUGUAGUGAUUUAUUAGAUUUGUUUCAUCACAUAGAGUGAUAACUUAUUUAUUAUAUAUUUCUGAUAUAUGAAUAAAAUGAUAGUUUUUAACAUAUAUGAAAGUUUAUAAAUAUUGGCUACGGUGCUGGUUCACCUAGUAUAUAAUACUUUAAGGCCAAAAUAAAUAAAAUAAUGUGUGUUUAGGGUUUCUGUGCAUACCCAUUAUCAUGAUAGAUGGAAGCUCCUUUACAAAUAAUCUGCAGUUGGUUCAGAUUGUAUAAAAAACUUGACCUCAAAAGGCAAUUUUGAUUCUAAUUGACAAUUUUUUGAAAAUCUUCUCAUCUGUAAUUACAUGAGGAAAUGUUUCAAGCUUGACCUAGUAUUUUUAAUUCAUACUUAGGAUAUUCAGUUGUUAAAAUCACAACAAAAGUCCUAAAUUCAUAUAUUCUAGGUAAAUAAACCAUUUAAUAAAAGCUAUAAAUUUUUCAUCUAGCUUCUCUGUUCUUUAAAAGUCUGAAACCCUAAUGACACUUUUUUGUUUGGCCUAAGAUAUUUAUUUAUACCAUACAAGUGUUUUUAUACAUUGAUGCCAGUUGUUUGUGGUUUGUUUAAUGGGACUAAUUUGCUGUUUUUAGAGUCAUUGUUUUACAGUUGCACAUAUGAAAUCAUGAGUAAUUAUCUUGUAUUUCUUAAAAAAUUAAAUCACGAUCAAGAUCAUGUUUUAUCUAGAGUUUUGCGGACACCAAAACCGAAAAAAUUGGCUCCUUGUAGUAAUAUUUCCUGAUAUAAGAAAUUUACUUUUAAUUUACAAGAUUUUUAUCAAAAUUAUUAAGUCUUAUUUAUUUAUAUAAAGUAUUAAGUACUUUUGUAACAAAGGUAUUGAAUUGAAUGGAUACUAUAUUUCAAAUUUAUCAUUUAACACAAAAAAUCAAGUACAUAUAUGAAUAUUUUAAACAUAAAAUAUCUUGUGAAAAAAAAAUAAUAUGAAAUCCAAUCUUUCACCAUUGCUUUCAUUUGCUAAAAAAGAUCUCAAUAUUUUGAACAAAGAUAUGGACACAAAUGAAUAAUUUGCAUUUUUUUCUAAAAAAAAAUGUUUUGUAACUUAAACAUUCCUACAUGCCAUCAAACUGGAGUUGUCUCCCAUUCUGUUAUUUUUUUUUUAAUUGCAAAUUUUUCAAUUUUCAAAAUUUUAUUGAACAGAUAUAUUUUUAAGUAAAAAAUACAGCAAAAAUUAAUCACUUAUUGAGUUACAAAAAUGUUAAAGACAUUACAGGCUAGCAUAACUAGAGUUACAUAUUUUCAUUCACUCUAUUAAAAAAUGUUAUUUACAAGAUUUGAAAAAAAAAUAGAAAAACAAAAAUAUAUUGUAGAAGUAUUGAGUGUCAAGUACUUUGUGUUAAGUAAAAUUUUGAAAAACAAGUAUCAGAUAUAAAAAAAAAUAAAUUGUUUGAAAACCUACUUAAAUGGGAGACAACUCUUACUUUCCAGAUUAACAUGAAAUGAUAUGAUGAGAAUAUAAAUCAAAUUCACACUUUUUAGUUUGAAAAGAGGGAGUUUGACUGAUUAUUCCACGUCGUCAUUUACAUUGCCAGAUAUUUACAAAAUGCUUUUGCCAUAAUAAAUUUUACAUAGAUUUUGUAGUAAAUGCUAGUUUUAUUUUUGUGUACAAUUUGUCUCAUAGAAAGUGCCAUUUAUUAUUGUUUGUAUUACUGAUGAUUCAUGUCACACAGAAAUUUUUUUAUUCUAAUUAAAUUUGUAUUUGUAAAUACCCAAAUUUAAAAUCCUGAUGAAAAAAACCUGAAUUUACAGUUGAAGAAUUGAUUGAUUGUUUUUGUUUUACUUUAGCUACUACAUGUCAGAUUUAUAAAAUUGGUCAGUUUUAAGUGGCUCAGGAAGUCAAAGUUUACUUCUGUCUUGGGCUGGUAGUUGACAAACCUUAUCAUGUACAGUUUCAAAUUGUUGUGAUCGUCAAUUUUGAAAUCUUGUUUUAGAAAUUAAACGUAAUCAUCAUGCAUUAGAAUACAGUACACAUUGAUUAUCACGACUAAUUCAAUGUAUAAUCUUUUUUGUGCUGGGAGUUAAAUUCACUCAGCAAUGCUUAGUUGGCACUCCUCAUCAAUACUUUUACAUUCUUUAAACGAUUUGCACUUGGGAUAUUUUUGUCCAUUUUAGGUGAUCAUGAAAUAAGUUAGAAAAUUUUCCUAUUUACAGUUUUAAGAAAUAAUUAGUACAUGAGACAUUUUAAAGAAAAUUCAGAUAAAACAAGUAUGUAAUUUUUAAGAUACCAUUUAGGACAACCAAGAUGAAAUGUGAGUUAGAAAAUAGAUAAACUCUAACAACAUGUUUAAAUUUGCAAAAAGUAAAAGCUGAUAUUGAAAGAUGAUUGAACUAUAAAUUUAAUUGUAAUUAGUUAGUUUUGCAAAGAGUUUUUAUCACAAAUAGUUUAUGGUUUUGGGUAACCAUACAAGUUUUUAAAAAAAAGAAUCUUAAAACAAAUAUUUUGUAUGUCAAAUCACAGACUUUUCUAAUAUUUAAGAGCAUUUUGUGUGAUAGACAAAGUGUAUUGAAAAAAGAAAGAAAAUCUGUAUUAUUUAAAAUAAGAUAAAGAUCUGGUAUAUGCUAACUUAUUUUACCAGUUUCUGUUUUGUUUGAAUAGGAAUAUUGAUAGAUAAUCUAUGGUUUCGAAAAUGAAAGUUUCUUGGCUGCGAUCUCUCUCAUGAAAGGGCAAUAGCCCUUAGAUGAGAUUUUGCUGAGAAAUUUUUUGUGUUUGAUAGAUCAUAUAUAACCUGUUUAUCACUAUUUUCCUAGGCAAUGUCAAUGACCUUAACUUCUGACAUCAUUGCAUUCUCACUUUACUCGACUAAGAAAAAACCCAUCUCAGUCAAGUUGCUUGAGGUAGAAAAUUAUCACACAGAAAGAUCAAAGAAAAAUUUCAGAAAAUGUCAACAAUUAUCAUUCACAAGAAUAUUUGCCAUAAAGAUUUAUUACCCUGAUGUUAUGAAAAAGACAAUUAUAUGAUUAUCUAAAGUCAAUCUAAUCUUUAAAUUUGAUAUUCUAAUUUUGACCAAUAAUAUGCACACACAAAACUGUGUACAGUAGUUGUAGAAUUUAAUAUUUUCAGAAAAACAUAAUCCUUGAAAUGACAAAACUUAUGUCUGAUCUAUGGAGGAGUGUAGAUAGAUGUUUUAAGAUAAGCUUGAAAUUUAUAUAUAUAUACAUGUAUUAUAAAUACUGUGGAUUCAUUAUUAUUCGUUGGAUACUAAUUUUUGUGGAUUUUGUGGUUAUAGGUGAACCACGAAUUUAAAUGUUCAGCAAAUUACAAAUUUUCAAUAGGCUUGUAUGCAAACCACGAAAUAAGAUAUCUAAUUAGAAAAUGCAAGUUUUCCGCAAUCCACGAAAAAUUGAUUCCCACGAAAAUAAAUGACUUCACAGUAGAAUACAAUACAAGGUGAUCUUAGCAUAAUGAUCUCUAGUAUGUGCAAUAUGAUAAACUAAUUGAAUGUGAUUUAUAUCAACAAGGUAAUACCCAGUAGAUAUUGAUAAUUUAAAUCUUUGAUCGUAAACAGAAUAAAGUUGUAAUAUAUUUUGUAGAUAAUUUUUAAUAUGCAUAAUAGUCAUAUUUUUAGUGUUAAUAUAUUUUUACAUGUGAAAGUUUUUUAACAGAAUAUGAAAGUGCUUCUUUAUUAGACAUUCUUCUUAAUUAGCCAACUUUAUUUUUAUAAACUUUUCACCCCAAAUUUACACUGCUAUAAAAGUACCAGGUUAAAAAAAAAAAAAAAAUUCCCUUUAAAUUUUUAAAUUACCAAUGUUUUCAAGAUUUAAAAAAAAAUUUAUUUUAUUUUCCUACUUUUAUUUAGCACACUGCUUCCACCACAUAAUGACUUUUAUUACAUUCAUGACAAAGGCUUAGAGGAUGAUAUUAAAUCUAAUGAGGAUGCACUGUUCAUAUCAGUUAUUUUGAUAUUUUGAUUAAAGGUAUGAAACAACGAAUUUUUCCUAUCCUAAAGCUUGUUUUUUCACACACUAAUAACAUCAUCCAGCAAUUUUCUAGUGGCUUGAAAGUUUUGUUUUGAAGAUUAAAAUUUAAUUAGUUAGCUCUAACCUAUAUUAAAUGCACAAAUGAAAUUUACUCCUGCCGACUCAAAGAGAGCAUACAAAAGAUUUAGUUCAAAUGUUAAUCCUCACUCACGUUUGCUAAUUCUGUUUUAUAAAUGAUUCAAGGUUCUGUAUAUACAUUCCUCUUUAAAUUAAUGUUCUUCAUCAUUCCCUGUUGCUUUAUCAUCCAUUAAACCAUUAUACCAAUUUGUAUGACUCGUUUAAUUAUAUAUAAUAUAUUGUAUGGUAGUAAUUUUACAUCAAACAUCAGCAACUCAAGAAGGAUUAUUUUUUUUUUGGAAAUAUUUAUUCCAAUUUGAACGCAAAUUACCAUGAACCAAAAUAAAAAUUAAUAGAAAUUUAUUAACAACUUUUCUGGAUUAUUUAAAGCUUGAAAUAUUGCAUACACAUUUUGUUUGUUAUUGAAGACCACUUCUAGACAACCUUUAGGUUUUAUGGUUAGCUGCUGUUCCUGAACAUAUUUUGUACUUCAUCAAUUUAAACCUUUUGCUGUAAAACUGGAUAUUGUUACUUAAAGUGCCUUGGUUUCGAUAACGUUUAACUAAUUAUAGAGUCUAUUUCUAUGAUUUUUUUACAGAAGAUAAUUGUUACUGAUAAAAUAUUUAAAAUAAAAUUAACUAAAAUAACAAAAA